AUGAAUGGGGUUGUGAAGCGGGAAAAUUGGUCAGAAUACCAGGAGUUUCCGUUGAGGGCAGCAGAUACGCGUGAUUUGGAGAAUGUUAAGGUGCAUUUGUUGAAGUUUCAGUCGAAGAAACAGGUUGAGCCGAAUAAAGACUUUCAUUUGCCAAUUCGGUUACACCGGAAGGAUACUAGGAACGUUCAGUUCCAGCUUACGAGAGCUGAGAUUGUACAGAGACAGAAAGAGAUUGCAGAGUACAAGAAGAAGCUGGAGUCAGAGAGGAUCGAUGCGCCGCCUGUUGCAGCACCUGGGAGUGCGAGCAAUGAUGGAAGUACUACAGGGGGUCUAGCAGGAGGGUCAGCGGGUGGUGCAGCGGGCGGAGAUGCAGCUGGGGGUUCAAAAGGAAGUCCAACAGGGGAGUCCGUCAGUCCUGAGACAGUGCUGGGAGAAGGGGAAAGCCAGAAAGAGAAAGAAAAUAAUUUGGAUUCUGGUGAAAUCAAGGAAACGCAGCCUGAAGCUGGUGAUAGUUCCAAGGAUGGAUCCAAAACAGCUGCUCCUAGUACGAAGUUAGAAGAGGUUGGGGUUGCAGAAGAUCCAAGCAAGGUAGGGUUAGUGAAGUACGAUGGAAAAGAACAAGUGGACUUCGAGUUCCAUGCAGGUACCACAGACCCGCUUGCGGAUGUUGCUCCAGACGAAGGAGGCCGUUUUAGAAGGGGUAACUCGAAGCGGAAGACUAGACAGUUGAAGUUAUUGGACGAAAAGGCGAGGAAAUUAAGAUUUGAAGAAUUUUAUCCUUGGGUGAUGGAGGACUUUGAUGGUCUAAACACAUGGGUUGGGUCUUACGAAGCAGGGAACUCAGAUUCUUAUGUAUUUUUGAGUGCUGAGAAUGAUGGCAGUUUCACAAUGAUCCCUGCCGAUAAGGUUUAUCGUUUCACUGCAAGAAACAAAUAUGCAACAUUGACAAUAGAAGAAGCGGAAAAAAGGAUGGAAAAGAAUGGUGCAGGAGCACCUCGUUGGUUAAUGAAGCAUCUAGAUAAUAUUGGUACAACUACCACGAGAUAUGAUAGAACUAGAAGAAGGCUAAGAGCUGUUGAUGGAAAUGACCGUCAAAACGAAGAAGAUCGUCAGGACAAUUCUGAAGUAGAAUUAGAUUAUGAUGAAGAGUUUGCUGAUGAUGAAGAAGCUCCCAUUAUUGAUGGUAAUGAGGAAGAGAAUAAGGAAUCUGAACAAAGAAUUAAAAAAGAAAUGUUAAUGGCUAACGCUAUGGGCUUGCGUGAUGAUGAGUUAGUUGAAGACGAUAAUGAUUUAUUCGGCGAAAAGAAGAUCGAUGAAGAAGGCGAAAAGGUAAAGAAGGCUCUUCUCAAGACAGAUCUGGGUGCGUUGUAUGAAUCCGAUGAUGAUUCCAACCCAUACUUAUCUGAAUCUGAUGUUGAAGAAGAUGAAGAGAAAAAAGUGAAGGAAGAGGAUGGAGAAGAACAUAAUUUGAGUAAGGACUCCUCUCCAAAGAAACGGUCUUCUAGAAGCCCUCUUGCAGGUCCACGUAUUUUUGUCAAGAGUAUCAAAAAUUGUGUGCUUGUGUUGGGCGCAGAUAAAUCCGUAUUAACUAACUUUCCUGAAGGCGAAUGGAAUCCAACUGUAAAGGGACGUACGUCCGAACCCUUAGAUCUGGCAGAUAUUCAAUCUUCAGAGAUUAAAAAGGAUGAUAGUACACUGUUGGAAAAUGAUGAUUUAUUAACUGAACAGGAUAUUAUUGAUGCAGUUAGAGGUAAAGAGAUUACUCUGAAGCAAUUAAUUAAGGAAUUGAAAGCGAAGGUGAGCAAACGUCCGGAGAAUAAGACAAGGAUGAAACUCUAUGUUAAAAAACUUGUUAAAUUAAACGGUACAUUUUUAGAGUUGGCUCAAUAA